AUUCUGUAGUUUUCGUAGCGUCAACAAACGUAGCCUCCCCCCUAUUCUGUAUUGUAAGAGUCAGAGAGAUAGGGAGCCAGAGAGAGACGGGGAGCGUUUUUCUCGGCUUCCUAUUACUUCUCCUCCAAGGAACCAACCAGGAAAAUUAGCAUUGGACUUUAUUCCUAUGUAUGGUAUUUUUCUGAGAAAAUAUAUUCCAACAUCCAACGCAUAUUAAGGAAAGGAGGUAUCAGUUACCAAUUGUUUUCUAGAAAGUUCUUGGGAGACCGAACGACACAGAGAGGAGCAGAGCUAGUGAGAAUGGUGGAUUCAGAGGGCUCCCAAAAUUCGUGGGUCAACACAAUGGAUGGCCAUGAUUCCGCCUCGCCGGAAUCUACGAUCGAAAUGAUGGAAGAGCUGGGAUUCGGUGCUCCGCAAACCUUGCGUUCAAAAAACGGUGGUUCCGAUGGCAGUUUGGGGAUCGGAGAGCGAGCUUUCUCAGCUGCUGGCGCCGCCUUUCUCUCCGCGAUAAUCGUUAACCCUCUCGAUGUAGCCAAGACAAGGUUGCAAGCACAGGCUGCAGGGGUUUCUUACUCGCAUCCUUUAAGUAAUAUUAUUAGUCGCAUGGCAUAUUUUGGACCAAGAACGAUGUUUGCCGAUCUAAGAUGUUCCCCAACAUGUACACGUGCUGGAAUUCAUGGUACUGUGUCAAUAUGUCCUCCUGAUUGUUUCCAAUACAAAGGAACGCUAGAUGUCUUCUACAAAAUUAUACGUCAGGAAGGAUUUGCCAGGCUAUGGAGAGGCACAAAUGCAGGCCUGGCGCUUGCGGUUCCUACAGUGGGAAUCUACCUACCUUGCUACGAAAUAUUUCGCAAUUGGUUAGAGGAGCUAACUGCCCAGCAUGCUUCAAGUGUGACUCCAUAUGUCCCCUUAUUUGCAGGCUCAUUGGCACGCUCUUUAGCUUGCACAACUUGUUACCCAAUUGAAUUGGCAAGAACUCGUAUGCAGGCAUUUAAGGUGACCCAAACUGGUGCAAAGCCUCCCGGAGUCUGGCAGACUCUUCUUGGGAUCAUCUCCCAUGUUAACAGCACCAGUGGUCAAAGCAACUUUCAAGGCUAUCGUGUCCUUUGGACAGGCAUGGGAGCACAGCUUGCUCGUGAUGUUCCCUUCUCUGCAAUCUGUUGGUCAACUCUUGAACCAAUAAGGAAAAAACUCCUUGGUCUGGUGGGAGAUGAAGCCAAUGCAGCCAGUAUCCUUGGUGCAAAUUUUUCUGCUGCUUUUGUUGCCGGAAGCCUUGCUGCUGCUGCUACAUGUCCUCUAGAUGUUGUGAAAACUCGAAGGCAGAUAGAGAAGGAUCCUGUCAGGCAAUUAAGAAUGACAACAAGGCAAACACUUGUGGAAAUUUGGAGGGAUGGAGGGAUGAAGGGGCUGUUCACUGGAGUUGGUCCUCGUGUUGGCCGUGCAGGCCCUUCAGUGGGGAUUGUGGUUUCAUUUUAUGAAGUUGUUAAAUAUGUUCUACAGAACCAUUAUGCAAAUUCAUGAUAUAGAGCGGCGGCUGCUUUUUAUCCAGUUUUGACUUCUUCAAGUGGAAGGCUGGAAGAAAUUUUGGUGAUUUGGCGAGAGAGACACUUACCCGAAAGCAAAUAAGUUUUUUUAUCUGUUGAUUUUUUUAUAAGCUCUGCUAUUUUGGUUUAUAGCAUGCAAAUAUGGUAUGCAGGUCUAGAUUCUUGUCCAUGGUAGAUCCUUUUCUGUAGGCCCUGAAGGGCAAAAGUGACUCCUGAUCCCCAGUUUUGGACAUUCUUCUGUUGUAAUUUUUAUUGCUCUGUAGGAGCAGAAAUUUUGCUAAUACUAAUCUUCAUUCUCUUCUUCGUUUAA